GUGGAGUAGGUUUAUUUUGGUUUAGCCCGUUCCCGUGUUGCCGCCAUUAGACAGAUCGGCACUGGAAAUGGGAUUUAUUAUUUGGUAAGUCGUCCGAUUGCUUACUGGAAGCUGGAUCCCGUGGAUUGGAGGGUUGCUACGUCGGAAAAGAGCACCCUGGCAGGCUGAACGGCCUUUGGUCAGGAGCGAGCCGGCGGUGGGUGGGAGGGAAGGCGGGAAGGGGAUAUUCAGGAGCUCCGUUCGAGCGAGGAUGACUGAUUUCCAGCCAAAGUGGAGCUGCGAUUAUUGCACGUACGAGAACUGGCCGUCCGCCAUCAAGUGCACCAUGUGUCGCGCACAACGACCCACUGGCCCCAUCAUCACAGAGGAGCCGUUUAAGAGCAGCCCUAGCCUCGACUCACACCUCUGCUCCACCCAGGAAGGCUCCAGUGUGCUCAUCUGCCCCGAUUCGAGUGCCCGGCCCAGGGUUCGAGUGGCCGACGAUACCCUUGAGACGUCCAGCAAAUGGUCGUGUCACAUGUGCACCUAUCUGAACUGGCCGCGUGCCAUCCGUUGCACUCAGUGCCUCUGCCAGAGGCAACAGGGGCCUCAGCAGGGCCCUUGCAGGCCCUCGGAGGGCCCGCACACAUCUGAGCCUGGCAUGCGAACUCCUGCCUCUACGACUCCUGACCCCUGCGAGGAGUACAACGAUCGUAAUCGACUGAACAAACGCGUGCAGCAGUGGGCCUGCUCAGCGUGCACAUAUGAGAACUGGCCUAAGAGCAUGAGGUGUGUUGUGUGUGAUCAUCCCAAGACAAGCGAGGCCGUUCAACAGGAGCCACAACCCGAGAGCACCACGGCUCUGUCCAUAGUGAACGAGCAGGAGAGGACUGCGGGGGGAGGGGGAAUGGGGGGAAGUAAAAUGGCUCAGAGGAGGCUUUCACCCACUUUGCCUGCUGGGCAGGCAGAGGUGCAGAUCGAGCUCGCGUCCGGGGCCAUGUGUGCCCAAGAUGAGCAUGAGGCGGACUUUAAGAAACUUAAGCAGAUUAGGAACAGAAUGCGGAGGGGUGACUGGCUUUUUCUCAACGCUUGUGCAGGUGUAGUUGAAGGUGAUCUGGCUGCGGUCGAAGCCUACAAGUCAUCAGGAGGUGACAUCGCGCGUCAGCUGACCUCAGAUGAGGUUCGUCUGCUGAAUCGUCCAUCUGCGUUUAACGCAGGCUUUACUCUGGUGCACCUAGCCAUUCGCUUCCAGCGCCAAGACAUGCUCUCCGUACUUCUAACUGAGGUGUCUCAGCAAGCAGCCAAGUGCAUUCCGGCCAUGGUGUGUCCUGAGUUAACGGAACAGAUCCGUCGAGAGGUGGCGGCUGCACUGCACAGACGCAAGGGAGAAUUCCCCUGCUAUUUCUUCACUGAUAUCACUACUUUCACACUUCCUGCAGACAUAGAGGACCUGCCUCCUAAUGUUCAAGAGAAGCUGUUUGACGAGGUGCUGGAUCGAGACGUACAGAAAGAGCUGGAAGAGGAAUCACCCAUCAUAAACUGGUCUUUGGAACUGGGCACAAGACUUGACAGCCGACUCUAUGCUCUGUGGAACCGAACUGCGGGAGACUGCCUGCUAGAUUCAGUGCUACAGGCCACGUGGGGCAUCUACGAUAAAGACUCUGUAUUAAGGAAAAGCCUCCAUGACAGCUUACAUGACUGUUCUCAUUGGUUCUACACCCGAUGGAAGGAGUGGGAAUCCUGGUAUUCUCAGAGUUUUGGUCUGCACUUCUCUUUGAGAGAGGAGCAGUGGCAAGAAGACUGGGCUUUUAUUUUAUCACUGGCCAGUCAGGUAGACACACACACCUCUUGUAUUCUUCUGCUUGCUUCCAUUUAUUAUUUCAUCCCAUCCUGCUUCUCUUGUCUGUCUUUCCUUUCUAUACAGCCAGGGGCAAGUUUAGAGCAGACUCAUGUAUUCGUGCUGGCUCAUAUUCUCCGUCGGCCCAUCAUCGUGUACGGCGUGAAAUAUUACAAGAGCUUCAGAGGGGAGACGCUGGGAUACACUCGCUUUCAAGGGGUUUAUUUGCCACUGUUGUGGGAACAGAGUUUCUGCUGGAAGAGCCCCAUUGCACUGGGUUACACACGUGGCCACUUUUCAGCUCUGGUCGCCAUGGAGAACGAUGGCUAUGACAACCGUGGUGCAGGUGCUAACCUGAACACAGACGAUGACGUCACCGUCACUUUCCUGCCGUUGGUGGACAGCGACAGAAAGCUGCUACAUAUCCACUUUCUUUCUGCUCAAGAGAUGGGAACCGAGGAACAGCAGGAGCGUUUGCUAAGGCAGUGGCUGGACUGUUGUGUGACUGAGGGUGGAGUCUUGGUGGCAUUACAGAAGAGCUCGAGAAGGCGGAGUCAUCCACUGGUCACGCAGAUGGUGGAGAAAUGGUUGGACGGUUACCGGCAGCUGGGCACCUGUCCCGCCCUCUCGGAUGGAGAGGAGGAAGAGGAUGAGGAAGAUGAGUGAGAAUUAGAAAGGGUGGACUACUCUUUACUAAAAGACUUGGUGCACCUUGACACUUCCUUGUGGAAAACCCGUGCAUACACUAACGUCCCCUUAUUUAUCCCUGUUAUAUUUACACCCCCCCUUACCAGACUCUCUAAAGCAAACCAGUGGUAUGUCCCAUUGCUCUGAAACAGAUGUGGGCCUGUGUGAAAUAAAGCAAUUUAGUUUAUGAAUUGCACAUGCCUUACAGAGUAUCCCAAUUAUAAAUUCUAGAUUUGCUAGUAGAAAUUUAAAGGUAAUAAGAUAUUCUAUUAGAAUUGGAAAGCAACAAGACGUUCAAAUGGGUCUGCUAAGGGCACUUAAGCACACUUCUGUGUAAUUUUAUUUGAAUUGCUUUAGUUUUCUUUUUAAACUUUAAUUGUUUGCAAAGCCUUUCAUAUACUUGAGACUAGUUCUGUGUUGAUAUCUAUUCACUAAGACGUAUUUAUUUACCUGUAUGAUAGUUUGUGAGCUGUAGAAAUGAAUACAUACAUACCACCAUGUGAUUAGUUUUGUCCUCUUGUGUGCAUGAGGAAUUUUACUGCAAACUUUGAUACAGCUGGGAGGGUGGGACAUCGGUAAGCAGUUUCAGAUUCAGAGCAUUUAUUUAAGCCAAUGCAAAAGGUUACACUACAUGUUUGUAUUUACAUGAUGUGUACCACUCAUGUCUGGUCAGUUCUGUUUGCAGUUUUGAUUUUUCUUUGACGCUUUUAUUACAUUCAAAGACUCGACUUAAACCAAAGUGAAUGUUGGUCUGUGCGCUCGCUGUAAUCGGACUUCACUUUGUUUUACUGUUUUCACCCCGCUUGUGACUGUGUUCAGUCUAUUCCGUUACCUAGUUUUGCAAACACGCUGGUGUUCUUAUUUUCUGUUUAUUUAAGACUAUAAUGUCAAAGCUUUGGCAUGGACUGUGUGUCUCUAAUGUAAGAUGACGUGGAGACCAAAUCUUUGAAGGCUUACAUGAGUUGAAUGUCGAACAGUGAAGCUUCUUUAACACUUUGUUUGGUUUUGUUUUGUUUUUAAAACCAGUGUAUUUGACGUCUUAUUACAUGCCCAUCAGUGUCAAGGUCGUCUUUUUAGCGUGUAUAAGGUCACCUGCAACAGGAAUAAAUGUUUUAUAUAUAUAAAAACCCUUGAUAAAAUGAACAA